AGAUGUAAACUACGGAUGGAUGAUUAGAUAUCUUCAUGCGAAUACAGCUUCUUUCUUCUUCUUCUUUGUUUAUCUACAUAUUGGUAAAGGUUUAUACUAUGGUUCAUAUAAAGCUCCAAGAGUUGCAUUAUGGUCAAUUGGUGUAAUUAUUUUCCUAGUUAUGAUUAUUACUGGAUUCUUAGCUAUUCCUUGGAUUGGUAAAGAUUUAGUAGAAUUUAUUUGGGGAGGAUAUUCAGUAGAUAACGCUACUUUAAAUCGAUUCUUCAGUCUACAUUAUCUAUUACCAUUUAUCUUAGCUGCUUUAGUAGUUAUGCAUUUCAUGGCAUUACAUGAGCAUGGAUCAAAUAAUCCUUUAGGAGUAACAGGAAAUGCGGAUAGAGUAUAUAUGCAUCCAUAUUUUAUUUUCAAAGAUAUGGUAUCAUGGUUCUUAUUCUUCUUAGUAUUAUCUUUAUUCUUAUUUUAUGCACCUAAUGCUAUGGGACAUGCUGAUAAUUAUAUUCCAGCUAAUCCAAUGCAAACACCACCAUCUAUUGUACCAGAGUGGUAUCUAUUACCAUUCUAUGCGAUCUUAAGAUCGAUUCCUGAUAAACUAGGAGGUGUAGUAGCUAUGAUUGGUGCUAUCUUAAUUCUAUUAGCAAUGCCUGUAUUAGAUACAUCUAGAAUUAGAGGUUCUGCAUUCCGACCAUUAAUGAAAAUCGCUUAUUGGUUAUUUGUUGUAAACUUCUUAAUCCUAUUCUGGUGUGGUGGUCAACAUGUAGAAGAGCCAUUUAUUACUCUUGGUCAAUGGUCUACUGGAUUCUACUUUGCUUGGUUCUUAAUCUUAGUUCCAGGUAUUGGUAUUAUUGAGAACACUCUAAUGGAUAUCUCAAGUGAAAAAUAA